UCUGGGCAUUGCUAAGCGGCUCGGUUAUAUUUCUGUUAUUGAUGUGUUAAAGCUGGUUACUGAGGAGUCUGUUUCCACCAUGACCACAGAGAAACAUCGUAUGAGCUUCCCUGAGACGGUUGAUGAGAUUUUGGAUGUUUCCGAAGACGAAGGAGAUGAGCUGCUUGGGUUGGAUGGAGCACGCUAUCUAAAACUUGACGACUUCAAGGACCAGGACGAUGACUUUCUAUCCCCGAAGAAAACCCUGAGAGACUUUGAUGGUGGCACGGGUACCACGCCAUAUUCUCCUGCUAUUCCAAGAAUCCCCUGUGUGUCACCGGAGACGGUUCAGCUGGAUCAGCACACCCCUAUCCCUUUACCAAAAGAGUAUGAUGAGGACUCACUAAUCCCAAGCAGUCCUGCUACAGAGACCUCAGACAAUGUCAGCCCCGUGGCUAGCCCCAUACACACAGGGUUCCUGGUGAGUUUCAUGGUGGAUGCAAGAGGAGGCUCCAUGCGAGGAAGCAGACACCAUGGCCUGCGGGUGAUCAUUCCUCCUCGGACCUGCGCUGCACCGACACGAAUCACCUGUCGCCUUGUAAAACCCCAGAAACUGACCACCCCUCCUCCGUUAGUGGAGGGCGAAGGUCUGGCUAGCCGUAUCAUCUCCCUGGGCCCCUCCAGUAUGCAGUUUCUUGGACCUGUUAUAGUAGAAAUCCCUCACUUUGCCUCACUGGCCCGUGGAGAUCGAGAGCUUGUGGUCCUCCGCAGUGAAAACGGCUCAGUCUGGAAGGAGCAUCGCAAUCGCUAUGGCGACGAAGUGCUGGAAACUAUUUUAAAUGGCAUGGACGAAGAGCUGGAGAGUUACGAGGAGCUGGAGAAGAAGAGAAUCCGUCGAAUCAUAUCCACUGACUUCCCCCUUUACUUUGCUGUAGUCUCCCGCAUUCAACAGGAAAGUGAUCUGAUUGGUCCAGAAGGUGGCAGGUUGAGCAGUAAAUUGGUGCCCCGUGUGGAGGCCAUCUUCCCCGAGACGGCUGUCACCAAGAGAGUGCGGCUGGGGCUACAGGCACAACCAAUCCCAGAUGAACUGCUGACCAAGCAGCUUGGUAACCAGGCGACCUUCAGUCCGGUGGUUACCAUUGAACCACGGCGACGCAAAUUUCACCGGCCAAUCGGACUGCGCAUCCCUUUACCCCCAUCCUGGAGGGAGAAUCGACGUGAUGCAGGCGAGGGGGAUACCACCAGCUUGCGCCUCCUCUGCAGCGUCAUAGGUGGAACAGCACCAGCUCAGUGGGAGGACAUCACUGGAACCACCAAGCUGAUGUAUGCCAAUACCUGUGCUAAUUUCACCACUAACGUGUCUGCAAGAUUCUGGCUGGCAGACUGUCCGCGUACAGCAGAGGCAGUGACCUUUGCCAACUUGUUGCACAAGGAGCUGAUGUCAGUUCCAUAUAUGGCCAAAUUUGUCAUUUUUGCAAAAAUGAAUGAAGCACGUGAAGGGCGGUUGCGUUGCUACUGCAUGACGGACGACAAGAUGGACAAAACCCUGGAGUUGCAUGAAAACUUCACCGAAGUGGCACGUAGUCGAGACAUUGAGCUUAUGGAGGGCAUGCCGCUGCACUUGGAGUGUUCUGGGAACCUGGUGCCUAUGAGAAAGGCCACCCAGCAGCCUCGUAGCUUCAGCUUCCAGGCCUUCAGAGACAACAGACUGCCUGUUUCAGUUAAGGUCAGAGAUAGCAACAAAGAAGCCACUGGUUUUUUGUCUUUCCUGCGGAAAAGCACAAAGUAUGAGGACACACAGCAUGUAUUGUGUAACCUUAACAUAACCAUGCCACCUUGUGUCAAGGCUGUCGGGAGUGAGGAACGUAGGCGAACUUUGACCCCUCUAGCCCUGAGAGAGCGCUACAGUGCACUGAAUGAACCUGGUGUGGCAACAGUGAAUGCCAUGGAGAGGACUGAGAUCAAAAUCAACAUUAUAUCUGAACAGCUGGGUUUAAGCUGGGCAGAACUGGCUCGAGAGCUUCAGUUCAGUGUUGAUGACAUCAACAGGAUUCGUGUGGAAAAUCCAAACUCCUUACUGGACCAGAGCUCUGCCCUGCUUAACCUAUGGGCUAGCAGAGAGGGGAAAAGGGCCAAGAUGGAGAGCCUGUACACCGCUCUGAAGAACAUCGACCGUUUAGACAUUGUGACAUCACUGGAGGGUCCGGCCCCACAGCCAGGACCAGGGUCUUCAGAGGAAGGAGCCUGUCGUCUGAUCGAUCGUGACUCCACCAUGCUGUCUCCGAGCAUCAUUAAUGGUUAUGGGCUGGUGCAGGAGGAGCUUGUGUCCCCGGCCUCCAUGCAGUACAGUUUGCCCUCUCCAUUAGGCGCAGAGCCCUACUGGCAGGAAGUCUCCAGCCUGGAGUGUGCACCUAUUGCCACCACAGAAGAAGACACUUUGAUGGAGAUGUCGGACGUUCAGGUGUGGCCAGCAGGGGUCAGCCCCUCGCUGGUCACAGUCGAGGACUCGUCACUGGACGGCAGCAGUCGGGCUGACGACUCUGAGGGAGCAACGCUCUCCUUACCAUGCAGCUUGGGCCGCCCAGGCAGCGGAGCCAGUGGCGCCAGUGGUUCCAUCAUGGAGCUCGAAGAAGAGGAGGAGGAGGAG